GACGGGCAGUUCGAUAAGUUUAUGGAGGAAAAGGGGAAUUGCGAGUCGCACGACGAUAGCGAUUUCUAGGCCGACCGGCGUCCAUGAAUUGAGACCCUGCAUACGUGGUUUACAUUUAAUCAAAAAUAUCUUGUACCAUCAUGGCCAAUACUUCCGAUUACGAUGGUGAUGAAGACAUCAUUGCUCAUUAUGAAGACCAAGAAGCCAAUGAUGAACGAGGUAGCUUCAGUGAAGCGGAGGAAGCGACUUCUGACAAUGAUAAGGAUAACGAAGCAGGAACUAAACGAAAGAUUGAUCCGUCAACAUCUAAAGCACACACAGUAAGGAAUCCAUUGCCUAAACUUAAUACAGAAAGAUUGAAGGGUCCCAAUGGCAUUGGAACCAUUGAGAAGUAUUUCGAAGGUUUCAAGUUUUACGGCAAGGGGCAUGAAAAACUGGACCUCGACAGAAUUAUGAAAAGAUUGGAACACUGGUCUCAUCGAUUAUUUCCCAAGUAUCACUUUGACGAUUUUCUCACGAGGGUCGAACAACUUGGCGCGAAGAAGGAUCUGCAAGUGUACAUAAAGAAGUAUCGGCUGGACAUGAUCACUGCGGAUGAUGAUUUAAUCGUCCACGAUAAUAUGGACGAUGAGGAAGACCAACGGGAAAGCGCGCCCCUGGAUGACUUUGAUUUAUUGAUAACAGAACAAAUUCAGAAGCAGAAACAAACUAAAACGCAAGUUGCUGCAUCGGCUGCGUCGGAAGACGCGUUCAAUGAACUUCUGAUGCAGUCCGACAACAUAUCGAGCCCACAGGUGCAAAGUACAAGCGCUACCGGGAAUGAACUGAGCGAUGAGAUGAAGGAGAAGAUUGAACGGAACAAGCAACUAGCUGUCCAGAGAAGACUUCAGAGGCAAAAUGAACGGGACGAAAUUAAGAAGAAGAAAUUGGCCGAAAGCACGAAUGCAGAAGCUCUAAGUGAAAACAGUAAUCUUACAGUUAAUCAUGGGAUGGAUGUAUCUCAGGUAGAUGAUAUACAACCGGAAUCCGUUGAUAAUAUAAAUAAAGUAACUCGCGCCGACAAGUCGGAAAUAAAUAUUGAAUGAGGAGUCAGUAAUAACAGACUGCACUUUGAAUAUGAUAAAAUACGUAAUAAAGUUUUUGUUAUUGAUA